AUGUCCUCGGCCAAUCGCGGCGGCGCGUGGGUGGUCGCUGGGAAGCAAGGCGGCGAACAGGUGGGCGGGCGAGUGGCUGGAAGCAGUCGGCGGAACAUUCCGAGCAAGACACCCUGCCAGGAGGAUUUCUCCUCGCCGGGACGGCGGCGGCGGACGCGCAGUCAGCUGGCGUCACGAACAUUCAGCGCACUCCAAAUGUCUUCCUGUGAAACGCUGACUCAGUCCCACACCAUCCACGCCAUAAGCUCGCUACAAGCGGAGACGCAACACGUACGAAAGUCUCCGUCGUCCCCGUUUGAUAUGUUUCUUUGUGGUCCACCAGUGAGCUCCAACCUGAGCCAUGGGGAGUACCCGGACUGCAGGAGCGAGAGGGAGUCGUUGGGGGAGGCGUCGCUCCUGGUGUCCCCUCUGGUGGUGGCGGGGAUCGUCAUAGGCCUGGUGCUCUUCCUGUCCUGCGUCACCAUCAUCGUGGGCAGCCUCCGCAAAGACAGCCGACUGAGGAACCCGCACCUGCCAGCCAGCUACGGUCCUGAUGCGUACUCCUUCGGGGGCUCGGCCGGGGACCUGAGGUCCGCCUGCUUCCAGGACUUCUCUUCCGCUUGGAACUUGGACUCUUUCAGUCUGUCACAGGUCAACCACUUGUACCCCGACUCUCCUCCACGGUACGAUGAAUGCGUCGGCCCCGACUCCACUCAGAUCUACAUACCCACAGACGACCCACCGCCGUACUCGCUAUGGGACCCUUGUCAGGGCCGCUUGGAAGGCGAGGAGACGGCGAACAUCCCCGAUUCCGAUCCCCCUUCGCAGAGCGCCGAGAGCUCAGCCGGUGCCGGGUCAUUGUCGCAACACCCGGCGGGACUACCGGGGCAUCCGCACAUCGCGUCCAUCUCCUUCCCGACGGAGGCGGCGCCACCGUACGAGGCCGUGGUGGCGAGCGAGCAGCGUCAGCCCCUCCCACUCACGCCAUGCGAUCUGUACAAGCACCACUCGGAGCGAGACGUCGGCGGACGGCUGCCGGGCAUCGGACAGAUCUCGUAGGAUCGUUCUUUCGGAGCUUUUGACCGUGGCACCGUACUGUGGAACUUUUCCGGAACAGAAGCUGCUGGUGUCUCCUCGGACAAAAACUCAACUGAGGGAGUUUGUGAACUACACAAGAUCUUCCAUCUUAGUAGAACCACCCAAAGACUGGAACCGGGACUGAUCUAAAAGUCAGCAGGUCUUCUUCAGACAAAGACGUAAGGAAGGUUUUGUUUGGUUGAAGGAAUACAAACCAAAUCAUUCUUGUCGCUAGUUAAUCCUAAACUGGCAUGACAGUCCACCAACUUGAAGUUCUGCUUCCCGCAUGGUAACCUCGGGUUUGUUCAUGGAUGACACACACGUGACCCGGAGCAGCCACGACAUGAGGUGCACCGUGGAAUGAGAUCCAAAAGCAGGGCCGUGUCUAAGGCUACGUUCACGCUGCAGGGUCGGAUGUCCAAUUUUUUUUGUCUAAUCCGAUCUUUUUAGCGGACGUUCACGUAACAGAAAAAAAUGCGAUUUCUAAUGUGAAUGCAAGCUGACCCGCAUGCCGACGCACUGCAGAGUUUACGGAAUUAAACGUAGCUUCAACUCGAGUCGGUCUAAGAACUGGCGCAUUUGUGGCAAUUUUCAGGAUUUUGUGCAAUCAGAGUCAACAUUUUCUGAAUCUAAUUAUUGCGACGGAAGAGGAAAAGUAUUUUGCUUGAAUGUCUGAUUGAAGAGCGUGUCUGCGGGCGAGCAGUCGGAGACAGGACUGCUGGAACUCUCAGUUCCUAAAACAUAUUUUAUUUUCUGCUCCGUUGUCAACUAUUUUGCAACCGUCUAAUUGGGCGAAUAUCUAUCGCUUUUUAAUGAAUGCGACAUGAGCACCGGAGCGUUCACAUUGAGGACACAUCGCAUAUAUACGAAAAGAAGCCUGGUUCGGGUGUGAACAAUUCGGAAUUGCACUGUUGACAUGAAAAAAUCCGAUACAGGUGGCAUAUGGGCAAAAAAAUGGGAAUUGACCUGCAGUGUGAACGAGGCCUGAGAUAGUGUGGUAAUGGGGUGAUCACAAAGGGUAUGUAUAGGGAGAGAGAUAUUCACCAAGACGGGAGUUUCGGUUCCGGGUCAGGGUGGACAAGGAAGUCAUUAAUAGUCAGUUACAAAAGGAACAUCUCAUAUAUACAUACAUAUACAUAUACAGUGUAUGUAUAUAUAUAUUCACAUAUGUAUAUGGAUAUAUAUGUAUACAUAUAUGUAUAUGUAUACAUAAAAUAUACAGUACAUAUAUACAUACAUGUAUAUACAUAUAUUUACAUAUGUAUAUGGAUAUAUAUGUAUACAUAUAUAUGUGCAUAUAUACAUACAUAUACUUACAGUAUAUAUAUGUAUAUG